AUGAACGCUUAGACUAUUUAAGAUAAUGUGAAUAAAUAUAGGUUUGGAGUGCUAAUCGGCAAUUUUGCUGAAGAGAAAUUUGGUAUGGAUAUGGCUCAAAGAUAGAUUGAUGAAAGAUUACCUAAUUCUACAAUGAAAGAUUCUUAUGGUUUAAAAAAUAGCGCACUUAAUUGUGAACCCUCAAAAUUAACUCCAAUUGAUAAAGAAUUUAACUAGCAUGUUAUUUUUAACACUCAAGGAGUUCAAUAGCAUAUUUUGUUUGGUCAUGGUGUUAAAUAGACUGAUUACAACAAGAGAGAAUACGGAACAAGCUAUGAUCUUUCUUUUAAUUAGAAAAUAAAACCAUAAACAUAAAUAUACUCUAAAUAUACUCCUGAUCUCUCUGCAUCAGCUAGAACAUUCCACAAGGAUACUAUUUAUGAAAAAGACUACCAAAAGCAUAUUCCUGAAUUGGGUUCAAAACCCACAGUUCCUAAAGAUAAAGCUCGUCCUUAUAAUGAAUUUACAAAAACUUAUGAUUCCACUCAUAUGAAAAUACCAUUGAGAAAAUGA